AUCAGAGCCAAGGGGGAGAAAAAGGGCUGGAGUGAGCAAAACAAAGAGCAAGUGUGGGCCGCGGUGACUUCAUGCCUCACCAAUGUCCCGCCCACGCUGCUCCGAGCUCUUGCUUGCUGCUGCUGCUGCCGCCGGAGCCGCCGCUGCGCCUGCAGGCGGCCGGGGCAAGGCGCUGGGUAGCGUGGGGCGGUUUCCUAGCAACUCGCGGCCCAGAGCGCGCCCAGCUAUCCACACUUCGGGAGCCCCCCUACCCCGGGGCCGGAGCAGGACCACUGCUCCCCCGCCCCUCGCCUCCUCGCGGGGUGCACCGCAGAGUGCGCCAGCUGCCCGGGUUCUGGACGGCGGGACGCCUGAGCCGCACACUGGGGGCCAGAAGGACGAGGGCACGAAGCUCCCGCCCCGCGAGGCCGGGCUACUGCACCCUCGCGGAACCUCCCCUCCUGUGCUAGCGGCCGUGCGCUCCACUCCCGGCCAAGCGGGGAGCUGCUAUGCCUCGCUCUGUGUCCGCGGACGCCGGCGGGGACUUCUAGGGUGCUGCCGGAGCCGUUUCCCCCAGCUGCUGGCACCCCGCGCUUCCUCCCUCGCCAGCCAGGACAUUGCCGUUUUGACUUUGCCCGCUGCUCAGCUGACGAGGCUGCAGAGCUGUAACUAAGUGGAAUUGGCCUCCCUGCCCACCUGUGGAAUUAUUAGCUCGCGCUGAUUGAUGCGCCAUCGACUUUUUUCCCCUUCGGCCUCGCCGGCGUCCCCUCCCACAGAUGUAGCAUCACCCAGUGAUAGUACUUUAGGCUGGUUUUUCCCCCAGGCUUCGGGCUUUGUUUGGGUUUGAUUCUGUUUGGCUGUUCACUAAGCUGAUUUAUGCAGCAGAAGCCCCAUCGGCUGGAGAGAAACAAAAGCUCUUUUCUUUGUCCCAGAGCGGGCUGCGGAGGCUUCGCUCGCGUCGCCGCCCCGGGCCAUUGACCGUCAGAGGAGGUGCUUCUCGCGGAGACCGCGGGACCCGCCGAGCCGAGCUGGCAGGGCCUCGGGGGCCCUGAGAUGCCAAGCGGUGUCCGGGCCAGCGUACCUGCACUGCUUGCUCCGAGCCGCAGGGUCCGCCUGCUGGGCCUGCGGGCAACGUCCUAGCGACACUUGGCCCGCGGGCCCCGAGGUGCGCCCGGGAGUCGCCAGCGCGCAGCCGGAUAGCAACCAGGCGGCGGGCGCGGUGCGGGCUGCUUUGCAUUAUGUGCCGCUCCGCCCUGGCUUUUUUUACUGCCGCAUUUGUCUGCCUGCAAAACUGCCGGCCCGGUCCUGCCCCGGUCCUUCGGGCGGCCUGGGUGUUUUUAGUUGUUCUUGGACUGGGCCAGAGUGAAGAGAAUAGAUGUACAUCUUCGAAUGCAGCGUCCUGCACCAAGUGCCUUGCGCUGGGUCCGGAAUGUGGAUGGUGCGCUCAAGAGGAUUUCAUUUCAGGUGGAUCAAGGAGUGAACGUUGUGAUAUUAUUUCCAAUUUAAUAAGCAAAGGCUGUUCGAUUGAUUCAAUAGAAUACCCAUCUGUGCAUGUAAUACCAAGGGAAAAUGAAAUUAAUACCCAGGUGACGCCAGGAGAAGUGUUGAUCCAGCUGCGUCCAGAAGCUGAAGCUAAUUUUAUGCUGAAAAUUCAUCCUCUGAAGAAAUACCCUGUGGAUCUUUAUUAUCUGGUUGAUGUCUCGGCAUCAAUGCAUAACAAUAUUGAAAAAUUAAAUUCCGUUGGAAAUGAUUUAUCUAGAAAAAUGGCAUAUUUUUCCCGUGAUUUCCGCCUUGGAUUUGGCUCCUAUGUUGAUAAAACAGUUUCACCAUAUAUUAGCAUCCACCCAGAAAGGAUUCAUAAUCAAUGCAGUGACUACAAUUUAGAUUGCAUGCCUCCUCAUGGAUACAUCCAUGUGCUAUCUUUGACGGAGAACAUUACUGAGUUUGAAAAAGCAGUUCACAGACAAAAGAUCUCUGGAAAUAUAGAUACACCUGAAGGAGGUUUUGAUGCCAUGCUUCAGGCAGCUGUCUGUGAGAGUCAUAUUGGAUGGCGAAAAGAAGCUAAAAGAUUGCUGCUGGUGAUGACAGAUCAGACAUCUCAUCUUGCUCUUGAUAGCAAAUUGGCAGGCAUAGUGGUGCCAAAUGACGGAAACUGCCAUCUGAAAAACAACAUCUACGUCAGAUCGACAAGCAUGGAACAUCCCUCACUAGGCCAACUUUCUGAAAAGUUAAUAGACAACAACAUUAAUGUCAUCUUUGCAGUUCAAGGAAAACAGUUUCAUUGGUAUAAGGAUCUUCUACCCCUCUUGCCUGGCACCAUUGCUGGUGAAAUAGAAUCAAAGGCUGCAAACCUCAAUAAUUUGGUAGUAGAAGCCUAUCAGAAACUCAUUUCAGAAGUGAAAGUUCAGGUGGAAAACCAGGUAAAAGGCGUCUAUUUUAAUAUUACCGCCAUCUGUCCAGAUGGGACCCGAAAACCAGGCACAGACGGAUGUGGAAAUGUGACAAGCAAUGACGAAGUUCUUUUCAAUGUAACAGUUACAAUGAAAAAGUGUGAUGUCACAGGAGGAAAGAGCUAUGCAAUAAUCAAACCUAUUGGUUUCAAUGAAACCACUAAAAUUCAUAUACACAGAAACUGCAGCUGUCAGUGUGAUGACGGGAGAGCACCUAAACAAAAGUGUGUAGAUGAAGUGUUUCUAGAUGCCAAGUGUUUCCAGUGUAAUGAGAAUAAAUGUCAUUUUGAUGAAGAUCAAUUUCCUUCUGAGAGUUGCAAGUCACACAAGGAUCAACCUGUUUGCAGUGGUCGAGGAGUUUGUGUUUGUGGGAAAUGUCUAUGUCACAAAAUUAAGCUUGGAAAAGUGUAUGGAAAAUACUGUGAAAAGGAUGACUUCUCUUGUCCGUAUCACCAUGGAAAUCUGUGCGCUGGGCAUGGAGAGUGUGAAGCGGGCAGAUGCCAGUGCUUCAGUGGCUGGGAAGGGGAUCGCUGUCAGUGCCCGUCAGCCUCAGCCCAGCACUGUGUCAGUCCGAAGGGCCAAGUGUGCAGUGGAAGAGGUACGUGUGUAUGUGGCAGGUGUGAAUGCACGGAUCCCAGGAGUAUCGGCCGCUUCUGUGAACACUGCCCCACGUGUCACACAGCCUGCAGUGAAAACUGGAAUUGUGUGCAAUGCCUUCACCCUUACAACCUGUCUCAAGCUAUACUUGAUCGUUGUAAAACCUCAUGUGCUCUCAUGGAACAGCAUUAUAUGGACCAAACACCAGAAUGUUUCUCUAGCCCAAGCUAUUUAAGAAUAUUUUUCAUCAUCUUCAUAGUUACAUUCUUGAUUGGGUUGCUUAAAGUCCUUAUCAUUAGACAGGUGAUACUACAAUGGAAUAGUAAUAAAAUUAAGUCCUCGGCAGAUUACAGGGUGUCGGCCUCAAAAAAGGACAAGUUGAUUCUGCAAAGUGUUUGCACAAGAGCAGUAACCUACCGACGUGAGAAGCCUGAAGAAAUAAAACUGGAUAUCAGCAAAUUAAAUGCUCAUGAAACUUUCAGGUGCAACUUCUAAAAAGAUAGAAAGUACUUUAUGGGAAACUGGAUUUUUAAUAUUUGCUCCUAAAAAUAUAUAAUUUUAGAAGUCACAGGAGGAGACAAACUGUUCUAGAUCAUGCUGGUUGCUGGUUGUCCACUUGAAUGAAGACUGACAAACAUCCUCAUCAUCAUGUGACUCACAUCGCUGCUGAAUUUUUCAGAGAAAAAUGUGUCUUACUACUGUUUGAGACUAGUGUCAUUGUAGCACUUUACUGUAAUAUAUAACUUAUUUAGAUCAGCAUAGAAUGUAGAUCAUCUGAAGAGCACUGAUUACACUUUACAGGUACCUGCCAUUCCUAUGCUUCCCAGAGAGAGACAAUGCUGUGUCACUACAAGGGUACAGUAAUCCCUGCACCGAAUGUGUGGAUGAAAAAAAAUAAAAGGCAGUUAUACUACUGUUGCCAAACACUUCAACAAUUGGCAGUGAAUAGACAAGAACAUCUAGAUGAAUAAAUGGUUAGUGUUUCACUUAUUCAAGAGGUUAAUAGAUAAAACCUUAAUUUUGAGGGAUAUUGCUUUUGAAACUGUGUAGUGUUAUGCAUGUGUUUGUUUUCUGCUUCUUACAAGAUACUAAUUUCAACAUUCUCUCUUUGCCUUUAUAUUUUUUCUUUCUUACAGGAUAGGUUUAUAUAUGUCACAGAUGACUGGAUUAAAUAAGUGCUAAGUUACUACUGCUAUAAAAACCUAAUAAUACAAUGUCACUUUAUUAGAAUACUGAUUUUAAAAGCUGAAUGUUUAAUAAGGGACACUGUAAAGUAACAUCAAAAUCGACCAGCUUCGUUGUGUGCAGAUGUGGAGUCUGACAUAUCUUCUUACCUGAUAAACUGGAUGCUUCACCAUUUCAUUUGUCUAAUCAUCAGGUUGAAGAUCACAAGGUGUUUAGAAACUCUGCCUCAAAGUGCCACAUUUUUAGUGAGUUUUCUCAGAUAUUUACUCCAAGUAGAUAUUAGCAUUUUUCUAAUUAAAAGCUAUAUUAAGCUAUAUUAUUUUCACCCCUCAGUGCAGCCUAAAGAGUUCUUUCCCUGAAUCACCUCAACCGUACUCACCAGAAUUUAAAAGUAUACAGUUGGAGGAGGAUAGACAAUAUCUUAGAAAUAAGCUAAUUCAUCCUUUUACUGAGUCAGGGAACUGAGGCUCAAAAAGUUUAAAUGAUAUCUUAAAAAACGCCCAAGUGAUUAAGUGGCAGCAUUUGAAGAGAACUUCUAUCUUCUUAUUGCCAGGCUAGUGUUCAUUGCACCAUAUCAUGCUACCUCUUGAUUCUUUAAAAUAUUUGAUUGGAAGUAAUUUUAAAUGUGAUUUACUGGAGUCUUGAGUAUGACAUGAGAAAAUUUCAAAGCAAAGCAGAAAAGAGUAACUCAAACUGAAUUCCAUGACUGGCUUCCAUUCUUUCCUGCUAAUCAGCUUCUAAGAGAAUGCUGCAUGGCCUAACUACAGGGAAAUCCAUUCACACCGCAGCCUGUGAGUUGUGCAGUGCUCAGCCUGAGAGCUUGAUACAGAGGCCAUGAGCUUUUAUCUUCCCCCAUGGAAACUUCUUCAAAAUUACCAUAUCACUACAGACUUAUUCAGUCUGAUUUUGUUGGCUAUAAGUCCAACAGUCCUGUGUGUAGUACAGAGCUUUGCCUAUGAAAACAAAGGAAUUUGUUUAAAAUGUUUUCUUAUAAUUAACUUCCCAAAUUUGUCUUCCAGCACUUGAAGAAAGGCCAGAUAUUUGCAUUUUAAUGAAGACAAACUCCCACCCCAUAUUUUACCCCAAAGAGGAUUUUAAAACAUAUAAUAAGUUGUUCUGGAGCAAACAAGCACAGCAGCUCCAUUAACUGUCCCCUACAGCCAAGCAAUUAUGACGCUAAGUUGAACUGUAUUUCCUUCCCCUAAUGAGAUUGGGGACACUGACAUAAUUCAGUACUGUGACUCACUUGUGUAAGAUACCUUUGAUCACCAAGGAUAACGUAAAGAUCAUACUUUGCAGGCUGCCUGUCACACACAGUAUCCAUUUUAAAAAGAAAAAUUGGAUACCUGAUAGCUCUCCAAAAGGAAAAAGUGGAAAACAUCCAUUCAUUAAAAUGCUGACAAUUUAAAAAAUGAACAUUAUAAUGUUCGUAAGCUAAUCUCCAUGUGGAAUGAAUUAUCCAAAGGAGCAUAAUCAAAUGAAACCCUUAAAAAUCAAGGGUUUAUAUUUUUAUGCUCUCACUAGUUUGCACUAAUAUAAUGGACCAAGGCUGUUAUCAUAGGAAAAGACAAACUUCCUGAUAGGCAGUUCCAUGCUUGAUGAUGAUUGUAGUUAUGCUUGUGAUGUCUUGUGCUUUCUUUUUUUACUUAAAGACCUGAUUCUUAAAGAUUUUAGAGCUUAUAUUUUACUUGAAUAAUGGAUAUUUUCCUGUAAAAUGGCUUAUGAGAAGAGAAUUAAUAUUUGACUAGUUAGAAUUAGUUAAAAGUUAAGGGAAAACAGGGUAUUUUUAUUCUUAGUUUAAAUAAUUUAUGUAAAUAGAGCCUAUUUUCAACUAACAUGACCACAGGAGAUUUUUGAGAUUCAUGAUAUUAAACAAAUAAUGAAAUGUUAAAUAGUUAACACAGAACUUGAACAACACUUUUGGUACGAUAGCAUUUUAUGCUCUAAAGUAUGUAAUGAUUUAGAAAUGUGCCAUAUACACACUACAAUAUAACUGUAUGCAUUCUACUUCUCUGGGAACAUCUUUACACCACAGGGUACAUGGAUUUACAAACAUUUGAUAUCUUUUUUGGAAACUUAUUAAAAUGUAUGAAAUCAUAAACAUUCUCUGAAAGACUCAAAAAUUCACUUAAAAAUCUGAUUAUGUACUGAAUGUUCAAUAUAGCUUUGGUUUAUAAGGAUACAAAAAUCUAAGGUUAACAGAGUAGAUUUCUUUGGAGGCAGAUUUUUCAAAAACUUAAAAUUGGUAGAUGCAUCAAAUACAACACUUCACAAAAGGAAAAAUUCCAAAUUUUUAAAAAACAUUAUCCCUUUAAAAUAAUCCCAUUAAAAAUAUUCUUAUAUAUGACAACAAAUAUCCAUGAGACACUGAAAUAUGAUUAUGAUGAACUAUAAAAAUUUUUCUCCAUAGAAUUAUAUUCCUUCUGGUUACAUGGUAUAGUAAAUUAGACUCAAUGGCUUUUCCUUCCUUCCUUGCUCCUGGUUUUCCUACUCACUUUUCCCGAGAUUGCCCUAAAACUCUAAGCUCAAUAAGGCUUAUUGUGAAAAAGAACUCAGUGUAAUGGUAUAAGGAAGUUCUCCAUUUCCAAACAUCUCUUAAUGAUUUCAGAAUUCAUCAUGUAACUGAACCAAGACAUACACAUUAAAAACUAAGAAUUUAAAAUUUUCACAGCCAUUUGAGCUUCUCUCAGGUCUAAAGGGUUUGAGAUCUGUAUCUUUAGUGAAAGUUUGAGUGAAAUAUAGCUAUAUGGGAGUUCAAUCAUGUGCAUAUUGUAUUGUUUUAUAUACUCAAUAUUUAAUUUACAACUAUCCUUAUUUAUAUUGACCUUAAGAACUCCAUUUCAUACAAUGCAAACUGAGAUAUAUUUUCAGAGAAGUAUAGAACUGGCAUUCUUUCAGAUCAUUUCCUUUUUCUUUUAUAAUUACUGUAUGGCAAUUUUAUUAUGGAUAACUGAUUAUACAUAUUCAUAUUUCAUUGAUUCUAAGAUAUCUGCUUUUCAAUUUCACAUUUCUAAAAUUGUGACAUAUCUUGCAAUCACUGGCAUCUUAGAUGCAGUGUUUGAAGUUGUACUUGAAUAAGUAUUACACUAAUUCACCCUUAAAUGUUCAUGGGGAUAGGAACAUUCCUUUACUUAUAAAUAUUUGAGAACCUGUUUAUGAUAACAUGUGAGACCAAUUUUCAGUAUAACUGAAUCACAUACAACUCAUCAUGGAGGCUGUCUGAUUAUGAGCUCAGAUCCUGCAGACCUUUAGGUUAUAAAAGCUCUUCAUCUUCCUAUGUAUACUUUAUGCUAGUGGCUACAAUUUCAGCAAACCUAACUUAACUGACAAGAAUGGAUGGGUUUCUCCCAGUUUUGCUAACAAAUUUUUAAUCUUUCUAUUCCUUUCUAAAGAAUACUUUCAUAUGAUCAUCUCACUUUAAACAGAAUUAACUGGAAAAAUGUAUGAAACCAUCACAAUUAGAUUUUGUAGCAUCUCGUAUGUCUUAUGUCAAUGACAGAUGAAAAAUAUGAUACAAGCAAUCAGUACUGUAGGGAAAAAAAACUUUCCCUUCAAGUCCUCUCAUUUUUUUAUACUUCUUUCUCAUUUCUGCUCUUUUGUUUGACUUUUUUCUUUGGCUUUGAUGAAUUUACCUUCAAGCCCAUAUAAUGACUGUCAUAAAACUGCAUAUUUAAGUUAUUUGAAUUAUAUGAAACAAUUGUUCAGCUAUCUGGGCAGCUGUUAAUGAAAUAGCUGAGAGUAAUAACACUACUCUUUUAUCUACCUGGCAUCCUUUCCUGCAUAAAAUCUGUCUUUGUAAACUAACUCUGUUAAUCAGAUUUCCAACCUCUAUGACCUAUUUCAGUUAAAAUUAUUUAAUCCAACAAUAUUAAAAAACAAAACAAAAACCUGCAGUUAUCAAGGAUGGAAAUGUGUGAUUUGUGUAAAGAACAUUUACUAACUUUACACUGUAUCACAGAUAAAUGUGAUUUUGAUAAGAAUUCCCCAUAAUGACAAAAUUUAUGGUACAUAAAUUUUAUUAAGAAUGUUGGAUAUGAAAUAUUUUAAUUCUAAAUUAUAAGAAAAUAUAAAUUUGCACAUAAUAUAGAAAUUCAUUUUGUGUAUAUUUAACAUAACUUUAAAACUAUUUUACAUUUACCAGCUACUUCAUUAAAGUUUUUUAAACAUCUGCAAAAAUAAUUUAGAAAUGUUUUUAAAUUAUCAGUAAUAUAACCUUAUUUGUUUCAUUUAACAAGUCCUGUCUUUGUAAAAAGUAAAAUUAAUAUAGAGUGUAUUUUUAAAUUAAAAUAUUUGAAUUUAAAAUAGCUCUUAUGAAAGAAAGAUUCUCAUUAAACAAGUUUCUUAUUAUUUCUGGCUUUGAAUUAUACAUAGUUAAAUUGCCUUAAAUGUCACAGAAAAUUGGGGAAUAAGAUAAUUUCAGAAACUAUACUAUGAACAUGUUCAUGUAAUUCUGAUUGACUACUAACUUCUGUUUUAUGUAUUUAUUAAAGAGCUGACACUGUAGUUUGAGAUGUUUAUUUUUCUAACAGAGCUUAUAAUAGUUAUGACAAGGCAUUUAAUUAAUGCAUCAUUCUGUUUAAAAGUAGGUAUUAAUCAGUAUGAAAUUUUAUGUUUUAAAAUAAAAAUGUAAAGAUCUAAGAAUGCACAGAAUGCUUUUUUGUUUA